UUGAUCGAGUUCGAAGAUGUCGGACAUUUAUUGCGCGGAGCAGAUUAAAAUUCCGCCUACGUUUCCAAAUAUUUUAAAACUGUACAUGAAAGCGGCCAUUCGUACACAGCCAUACGAUCUUCUGCGAUGGACCAGCGCUUACUUCCGAGCCCUCGCGAACGACGAAGUGCCACCUGUGAAAAAACGAUUGGAGUACCCUCCCUUCAGUCACCCUACUGGUAUCACGCCUGGCUACCUGAAGACCCUUUUGAACGUGUUCGGUCGCGUGGAGACAAUCUGCCUGGCGAGUUUGCUGUCGAGGUGGCAAGGCAUCGCGCUGUCCGAAUCGAUCCUGUUCCAGAUUUUAUCGGUGGGCAAUCUCCUGCCCGCCAGAGAAUGCCACUUUUACAAAUUUCUCGCGAUCGCUUGCGGAUUCCUGGGCAAGAACCUGCUCGAAACGAUGGUGUACGUGUGCGAAUUGCUGACGGAAGAACCAGAAGGUGGUUCCGCGAUGAUACCUCUGACGACUUUCCUCAACCUUUACGUGUUCCUGGCCGAGCUGGAUUGCAGCGGUCAAUGUAUCUGUGCUCCACCGGCGCGGAAGGAUACGGAGGAGCUUUUUCGUCCUUGCGGAUCUAGCCUCGAUUCCGAUCGGUCCAGUGUGCUCGAUUCGAAAUUAUUCCGGACGUCGUCCACCGUGCUUGAAGAGGCGGAAGACACCGGUCAUAAGGAUAUUUGCGGACUUUCCGUGAGCCAAGACAGUCGAUCAUCGGAGACGUUGCUAGUUCUUAAGGAAUUCGGAAUUGAUGCGAGGAAGUCGGAAAUUGAUGAACUGCAUCAAGAAAGGCUACAGCAACAGCUUCCUCCGGAGGGAGGCGAGAUCGAAACUCGGCCGAUCGAUCAAGAACAUCGGGAGAAAAACGAGUUAGAAAAGAGCCACCCCGACUCUCAUCGUAUUGAUCAGCCUGAUUACCAUCCAUCGGCCGAUCAACAGGACGACCACGAUUUUCCUUUCUACGACAUGGACGAUAUCUACGACAGAGACAAGGAUUCGUCCAUCAGUUACGGCGAAGAGGGAAGCGCAGAGGAAACGGUGUCGUCUGAUCGCCUGUACGACGACUACGAACCUAUCGGCCUCAAAGAUAUUCUUCAGGGUAUAUGCGAGUGUCUGCAGCCGGUUCCAGAAAUCGUACGCGCCCCUACGCCGCCACCACCGGACCCUGUCGAAGAGUUCUUGAAAAGAAUGAAAACGGAAGUAGAGGAAGGCCGCCUGCAGACGGUUAUUAAAGUGCCUGGGAUCGGUCCACGGGUGUCCGUGAAUCGCAUCACCGCUGUCGGAGUGUGGCUGGCGGAUUGUGGUCGUCGCCAGGAAGGAAUGGUUGGACCCCGGAACAUCACGCACUUUUUAUGUCCGGAACUCGAGGAUACUCCGAACGAUGAUAUUUCCGAUUACGAUUGAUACCGCAUCGUGUUACCGAGUUUAAUUCAUUAUAGUUUAAUGAUUGAUCUCGAAGCACUAGUAUCGUAUCCCAAGUGCUUCGUAUCAUAUUCGAUACAGUGUUUGAUAUCAUUACUUUCACUUCGGACGGUCAAAAUUACAGAUUCUCUGUGGGAUAAUAAAUCGAUAAAUCCACUACUAUUCUGGAUAAGCGAUUGAAAAUUGAUAUUCCCUAAUGGACAAUGUUAUAGUUAAUUUAUCGUUUGUUCCAACGAAGAUUCGAUUAUUUUGCUUAAAGGGUACUAAUGAAACGUUUAAAAAGGCACUUUUACCGAGCUUUAAUCUUCAAAUUGGUAUAUCAUGAGCGGUAUUUUCCGAUACUUUUCCGUCACUGAGUCGCGACGAGAAAAUGAUAGAUAAUCGUUUAAUAAGAAAGUAAGGAAAUACUUUGAUCGUGUCUGAAGUAUAACUCAGCGAUUACGACACGAUGAAAAAUGAGCCGAGCAAAUAAUGGCUUUCGCUUUUGCAACAUCCUGUACACGCGCUGCUUUAUUCGCUGCACUUGCACGGAUCUCGUUCGGGUGCAUAAUGAAUCAGUGGCGUUCGACUCUCCCAGGGAGUGGAUGGUUGCAACCCCCUACAGCGUGUGUUUUCUUCUCUCUCUUCCUGUGUCUCUGUUUCUCCCUCUGGUCGCCUUCGUGGAGGACACGGGACCCAUGAUAAAGUCGUCCUUCUCCCACUGGCUGACUAACUCUGCCGUAAUGGCCGGGAAUAGUUUCCAAUCGAUCGAUCGGGACGAGUGCCUCUUCAGUCGGCGUCGAGUACGGAAAAAGGACCACCUCUACAUAGACGGCGACACCGCACCGUCCCGAAUAUAUACGACACGGACGUUCCUUCAUUUCGUUCGCAUGAAUAUCGAAAGCCGGGCUCGACCGGAAGCAAUUCCAGCAUCCCCCGGGGAAUGGCCUUGGCAUCAUAGCUACCCAGGAUCAACCGCGACGAGCGAAUCCAUCGAAUUCGUUGGCGAAUCGGGAAAAUAAUCAGCGUCAUCGAACCACCAUCCAUCGUUGCGCUUUGACUCUCCUCCUUUGUCGGGGAAUUAUCGACCUCGAGUAACUCCGUAGUUUGUAUUUUGUCUUGUACUUCCUACCACCGAUGUGGUACAACUUCGAGGAUCUGCGCGACUACUUUUUCUCUUUUUAAAACCUUUACGAGUUUCUGUGUUGGAUCGAAAUAAUAGGUACGGGCUGUACGAACUGCUGAAAACUUCCAGAACUUUAACGUUUAUCGUAGGUGCAACUUUAAUUGAGCGAACAAAGAUACUUCUUCGAUUUAACGUCGAAACGAGGAGAAAGGAAAUAAGAGCUCGAUGAGUUUUCUUCUAAGCAAGCAUCGUGAGAGCGACAUAAACCUUAAAUUUCCUAGGUUACGUUUAUUCGAACGUAACAGUAAAAAUGACAAAUCGAAUCGGAUAAAAUUCGUCAUUUUGUAGAGAGAAGAAAGCACCCUUCAACGUGUUCUAACAGCUUGUAUCGUCUACCCAUAAUUCAAUAACGUCCUGUAUGGCGAACGAAUGGCAAUUUUCGUCGAAAAAGGCAUUGUUCGGCUGUCAAUUUUACUGCAACCGCGUUGCCUGUUUUUUUUCGGUCUUGGCGGAACACAAUGUACACGGAAAGCGUAGCUUGUUCCCACCCGUGAUUUCUCACUCGCUAUGCAAUAAAAGUACGAACAGCCUGUAGCCAAGUUUGAAGUGCGCCUGGGAGACACGUGUUGAAUUUUAGGACGUUUGUUGGCCAGAUGAACGGCGUUAAAACUGUCGCUUUCAGAAUUCCAUCAACGUUUCAUACGAAUCAACGCGCUUCCGCAAAGUCGUGUUCGUGUAAGUAUCUCGUUUUAUUGGCGACUCGAGAUGAUUAAUCAAAAGAAAAGCUCGUCGAGAUAUCGAAGAUUCGUUUGGAGCGUACUUGCGAGAAAUAUGAAAAAACAAAACGUCGCCGGAGGAGAAGUUUUAAUUAAAAAUGUUUAACGGGAGACGAGCUAGAAGUAGCGAUCUUAAAAGUCCAAGAAAAUCCUCUGAAACGCAACUUUUAUUUGCCCGGUCGUUCGUUACCUUGAUUAUCGUGAUAUAAAUUAUGAGCCAGAGAAGAAAAGAAGAAAACUCGGGCACUUGCAAUUCUUAUCGCGUAAUACGUCAUUCCACACGGAAGACCAAUAUAAAAGCACGCGUCGUAAAUAUGUAAGUUACCGGUACACAAAGAGUUGGAUACGCUAUAAAAAAUGGUAUUUCAUCGACGGAUAGAUAUGAUUGAUCGAUAAAAUCCUGGGUGGUGGGACGACGCGGUGAUUUAUAAGAAGUUAAGUACCCAUCAAAGGGUUCGUGACGGUCACGAGAAGAUUGAUAAUCCGGGGCAAGAAGGAAGCAUAAAGAUAAAUCGCUGAUAGCUAUAAUGACGGCUGGUGGACGCGUCUUGUCGAACGUAAAAAUUAAGCGGUCUUUUUUAAACAACUUCUCGUACCAUUAACUUGACAGGUAGACCAUAAGGAAUUCGUAUCGUACUAUCGCUAGCGUGAUACCUCGUAUUGUCGCGCUAUCGUAUAAUCGUAAAUUAUUAUAUUAAUAUAAAACUUCCUCCUUUACCAGACUAAUUUCCCAGUUACCGGGUGCUAUUUUCACCUGCUCGAUGUAAACGAUAAUUCAUAAAAGAAAAACGUGAACGAUAUUCAUUAAAAUAGCAUGUCGCGUUGAAAUUUGAGCGAAUCCUGCAUGCAUCCAGUAAAAUUCGUGGUAAGUGGGCGAAUAUUUGUGGGACCCGGUGCAGGUAGUUCCGGCGCCUACGUAGCGCAGAGCAGAGUACACGUCGUUACGCAGACGCAUCGAGCGCCUUGCUACCGGCGAGAGGUGCAACCCGUGUAGCCUCGAUGAAUACCCUCGAAUAGCAACGCAUUAUGUAUGUCCGUAUAGUAGUUACGUGACUAGGAAACGAAAAUAGAUGCACCCGCCUAUUUUCCGUCACGCUAACUCGUGCACGCGGUCGCGGGAUAAAUCUCGCUAGUACGUUUCCUCGGCAAUGAUAAUUUCUUAGCCGGAAACAGAGCAAAUCGAUGAAUAUAAAAUGACGGUGAUUAAUUUCGCUUCGCUUGACAGUAAUAUUGCUGCUUCCAACGAGACCUUGGUAUUCGUCGAAGAAUCGCGAAAUCGAGGAACACAGGGAGGAAGAGCUGCCAGACGAGCAAAAGCUCAAAAUUAGCGGAAACGUAGAGUCGCGUGAACGCGCGAAAGAGUCGAGAACGACGAAGCGUCGAGAGGCAAGGUGGAUGGAUCUCGAAACCACCAUUAACGAAUUUGAUUAAACGUCUUCGCUUAAACGUAACUUCUUAAACGUAAAAGACGAUUUUCAAUUACGAGUAUCGCGACGAGCAGGAGGAAAUAUUCGCCAAGAGGAAUUGGUGCUUUCAAAGAUGUGUCUCGGAGUAUCUUUCUUAACGUCGCUUGCAAUUUCUAAGAGUUUUCAUAUUUUAAAACCUUCGUCCACAGAGCGUAUUUUUCCGGGAACCUUUCGAAAGUAAAAGAGCCUUCUCCUGCAGGCUUUCGAGCGUGUCCCGUGCGUCGAAGCGACCAACUGCAGCCGUCGUGGCGUUUCGCCGAAACGUAAACAGCCGAAACGUUUGUCUCCGAAGACUUAGCGGAGAAACGAGAGAAAUUAUGUAAUAACUGUGUUACCACGGAAUGCGGGCGACGCGGGUAAUUCUACUUGAACGUAUAAUGAUACAAGGGGAAGCCGAGACUCGUCAAACUAAACCGAGGGACUAAAAGGGACUUAACCCUCGAGUGCAUAAUUCAUAACACAUUAGAGUCGGCAGGCGGGUCGUACGAUCUUGACGCGAGCAUUAAGCAGCCUUUACGUAAUGUUGUUCGAUUAAACAGACAUAGGGGAAACGAAAUUACACAAAAAUUCCGACGUUGUACUCGCUAAUUAAAAUUUGGUUGUACCGGAUUGCCAGACUCCAAAUGACCAAUUUUGGGGCACAGAAAGUCUGACACGACAUCGUUUGUAUAAAAAAUUGCGUACAGAAUUGUUAGCUUUCGUGCAGAACGAAAAAGAACGAAACGAUAAAAUUAAUGGAGAAUAAAGAAGAAAUAUUCGUGACACGCGUUCCACAGAAACGGUCGAAACAUCAACGUGCAUGCGAUGAUUACAUGCAGCUCCGCUUCGAAUAUUUCCGUGCAACGCGCGGCCCAAUAAAAUUGCAAACUGUAAUUUCGUUACUCUUUCCAGCUCGCAGCUUUCCGCCGUUUUCUUUUGAUCAUCCAACGAGGAAAACGAGAUUACCGUUUUACAUUGUACGCCCUAGCUCGGCUCGAGAGCUCUUCGAAGAAAUUUCUCCCUGGUGUCCAAGGAACGAACCCUUCCGUUUAACAUCGUAGGAUCCAUUUUAACUGGCCGCAGACAAAUCAGCGUCCCGAGAAAUCCACUUGUACGCGCAGCGGUGGCGAGACGGACGAAAGCAGUCGUGAAAAAUACGGGCGAAAAUCUAUCUCGAUAAACGAAUCGACGUUGUCAGGCGAAAGGGACAGAAAAAGGGAAAGAAAAGAGCCGUAGAACUUCAGUGGCAUUAUCCUUGCUCGCCGGUCGCGUCCGAUAAUUACUCGUCUUUCUUCGGGGGGACGGAGCAGAAGGUCAACAGGAUGAAAUGAAGCGAAAUUCUGGCUGGUGGCGUGGCUCGAUCAAACGAUUAGAUCGCGCCGACGACGCAAAGAAGAGGAAAGCUUCGACGAGACGAAGGGUGACGUCCUAGUCGUCUUCUUCUUAGCGAGCGGAGAAAGGGAGUGCAGUGUACACAGUCGAAUCGAGAGGAGCGGGGUCGAGUAUCGAUUAGGUUGGUGUAGGUAGAGCGGAGCCGAAGUCACCAAGAUACCAAGAGAAAGAGAGGCGAUAGGGAAGGUGGUGGC